AAUAAGGAGUAGAGAAAAGGGAAAGCAUACGCAAAAGCAAUCAAGGAUUGCUCUCCUAUCCACACUGAUCGUCGUCUACUCGUCUUCCUCCACCCACCAUCACUCCCUUACCUUCCCCAGUCGACCCUCUUCCUGUGCCCUAUUCCUUGGCCGCAAGAAAGUCCCUCGUCCCGACCGGUCUCCUCGAGGUCGAGGUUUCGCCGGCGUGCGGGGGAUCGAUGCUGGUAGGUUUAGGUAGCUCUUUGAUUCUUGAAAUGUAUGAAAAAUUGUGUGGCUUAUAGAAGCAUUUGCAGAAGGUAGCGCUUUUGGUUUAUUGACAAAUGGCGGAAGGAUCAAAAAUAGCUGGUUUUCUUGUUGGCGUGGCUGGAGGAAAUGUCGUCGGAAACGGGCUUUAUGAUGUGGGAUUUUACCAAAAGCUAGAUGAGGGCUCUAAUAUGUCGAUAGAUAGCGUUGGAAGUCUUCAGACGAGCAUUGAUGGUGGCUCGGCUGCCAUGUCCGUGGAAAAUAGCAGUGUCGGAUCGAACAACUCGAGGACUGGAAUACUGCACCAUACUGGACUCCGUCUAUUCCCGGGCUCCAAUUUCUCUCUGGGGCAUAGCGUGCUGAGACCUGGAAGGGUCUCUCAUGCUAUGAACGAAGAUGCUUUAGCUCAGACCCUGAUGGACCCACGAUAUCCUACAGAGUCUCUUGAGAACUAUGAUGAAUGGACUCUGGACCUAAGGAAACUGAAUAUGGGGGUGGCCUUUGCUCAGGGUGCUUUUGGGAAGCUCUACAGGGGUAUUUAUGAUGGGGAAGAUGUUGCUAUUAAGCUGUUGGAGAAGCCUGAGAAUGAUCCUGAAAGGGCAUUGGUGAUGGAGCAGCAGUUCAGACAGGAGGUUAUGAUGCUUGCAAAUCUUAAGCAUCCAAAUAUUGUCAGGUUUAUUGGGGCUUGCAGGAAGCCGAUGGUCUGGUGCAUUGUGACAGAGUAUGCAAAGGGUGGUUCAGUGAGGCAAUUUCUCAUGAAGAGGCAGAACAGAUCAGUGCCGCUAAAACUGGCCAUUAAGCAAGCAAUAGACAUUGCUAAAGGGAUGGAAUAUGUUCAUGGCUUGGGACUCAUACACAGGGAUCUUAAGUCCGACAAUCUACUUAUAUUUUCAGACAAAUCAAUUAAGAUUGCUGACUUUGGGGUUGCUCGUAUUGAGGUUAAGACUGAAGGAAUGACACCUGAAACUGGAACUUAUCGAUGGAUGGCUCCAUUGAUAAUUGGGAAUUUAUUACCUAUUGAUCCUAAGAUCGAUAGGGCAUUCAGAAGGAAAAGAAACUUGCAGAGACACGUAGAAGAAGAGCAAGCACCAGCAUUAAGGGACAUGGCAAACAAACCCUUAAAAAACUAUGUCGCACCUUAUGUAAGAGGUCUCAGGUCUAGCAUCGCUAGACCAUUUGUUGAGGCUAAUAAUUUUGAAAUCAAGCUGACAUUCAUUUCUAUGGUUCAGCAACACCAAUUUAGGGUGGACCCACAAAAGACCCAAACCAAUACUUAGAAGACGUUUUAUGAAAUCUGUAGCAUCAUGAAGAUAAAUGGUGUCCCAUCUGAAGCUAUCAAACUACUCUUAUUUGAUUCUCGCAAAUGGAAUUUCCUCUAAGGAGCAGUGCGAACAAAUCUUCUUGGAGAAAUUCUUUUCUCCAAACAAGGCAACCCACAUGAGGAAUCUAAUAGCAAGCUUCAGACAGAACGAUAGUGAAUCCCUAUACAAUGCCUGGGAUAGAUUCAAGGGAAUGCCCAGAUUAUGCCCGCAUCAUGGAUUAGAGAAAUGACUAGUUAUCUACAUAUUCUACAAUGGAAUCAACUAUCCAACCAAAGUCUUCUUAGACUCCACGGCUGGUGGAGCAUUGAUAAACAAGUGACUUGAUGAAGCUGAAGAAAUCAUUGAAAGUGUGACAAUGAAUCAUCACUAAUGGGCAUCCGAACGAAGUGACAUCUCCAUUAAAAUCCCUGGGAAGUAUGAUGUUGAUGCUUUAAGCUUAAUUUAUGCAAAGAUGGACGCCUUUCAAAGAAGUUCGAGUCAAUAACCACGAGUCAGGUAAAUGCUGUUGUCUCAAUUUGUGAAGUUUGUGAAGGAGUGGAACAUGCAAAAGAAGCUUGCCCUUUUGGAGCCAUUACAACACAGUUGGCUCAGCUUGAACAAGUGGAUGCUAUAGGCAACUGCAACACAAGACAGAAUAAUCCGUACUUCAACACAUACAAUCCCAAAUGGAAGAAUCAUUUGAACUUCUCAUAUCGAAAUAACCAAGACCAAGGGCAGUCAUCCGAAUAUCAGCAGAAUCAUCAACCCUCAAGAAUGGAUAAACUUCUUGAAGAAAUUCUAGCCAACCAAGUUGAGAUGAAGAAUGACCUGAAGCAAUUUAAUGCAAGGAUGAGCAAUGCUAAGAAGCAUAUGAAGAUGUUUGAUAGUUAAGUGACACAAAUAGUUAGCUCUUUUCUAAGGAAAGUUGGAGCCCAAUCGUGUAGAGCAUUGCAAUCUUGUUGAGUUAAGAAACAGACGGACCUUGGGAAACCCCAAGAGACUGCUCAGAAAGGAAUUAGAGAGCCACCCUCCUCUAGCAUUGAUUCCGCUCAAGAAGAGGUGGAGAUUGAAGAGCCUCCACCAUAAAGAAAUGUUUUACCAAUCCCUUUCCCUCAACGAAUUGCAAAAGCCAAGAAGGAUGUAGAAUUCGAGAAAUUUCUUGAGAAGCUCAAGGAACUCUGCAUUGAAAUUCCUCUCAUCAAUGCACUGUAACAAAUGCCUAAGUUUUCCAAGUUCAUAAAGGGCAUCAUCUUCAACAAGCGCAAGAAGGACAGUUAUGAGACUAUCACAUUAAUCGAAGAGUGUAGCGCGUUGCUUCUGAACAUGCUGCCUCUUAAGCUCAAAGAUGUAGGGAGCUUUUCCAUACCAUGCAAGAUUGGUACCACUGAAUUUGAUAAGGCCUUCUGUGAUUUGGGUGUAAGUGUAAGUCAUAUACCUUA